AUGUCUUCACCAUCGCUCAUUCACACCACCCCCGCAACCACCCCAUCAUCCUCCCAACCCAAGCAAUGGCACGCAUCCCUAACCCUCGACACCCUCCUCAGCGUCCUACACCGCACCCUCCUCAACCCAGGACUAUCAUGGCUCCUCGUGCUCUCUCUGCGCGCGCAAGUAACGCCAACAAACGACCCCGUCUUCAUCGGCUCCGUCGCAUACGCGGUCCUGCUGACAGCGCUCUUCGUGCUCAAGAUCGUCAACCAGCGCGUCGCGCACGGAAACCCCCGCGCUGUGGAUUUCGCGUCGGAAGUCGUCGUCGUCACAGGCGGUGCUAGUGGCUUGGGCCUGGCUAUUGCGCAGAUGUAUGCCAUGCGCGGGGCGAGCGUUGCCGUCUUGGAUGUUGCGGUGCUGGAUGAUGAGCAGUAUGAGGAGGUCUUUGGGGGACAGGGGGUGGGGGAGGGGGUGAAGUAUUAUCGUUGUGACGUUGGGGAUCGGAAGGUGGUUGAGGAUACGAGAGGGAUGAUUGAAGAGGAGUUGGGGACGCCGACUAUCCUAAUCAACUGCGCCGCAGCACGCAUAAACGGUCACCCCCUCCUCAGCCUGAACGCAGACGCAUUUGAAAAGACCAUCCGCACAAAUCUCCUCGCCGGAUUCCACGCCUACCAGAUCUUCCUACCCGGCAUGCUGUCAACAGAAAACGGCGGGACCAUUGUGACAGUCAGCUCGGUGCUAGGCCAGUUGUGUCCGACAGGAUUAUCAGACUACUCAGCCAGUAAGGCCGGGCUGAGCGCAUUGCAUCGGACGGUCGAGGCGGAGAUUCGAGCGUCGGGACAAGAGGACCAGAUAAAAAUGCUGCUCGUUGAGACGGGGCAGAUUGCGACGCCGCUUUUUGAUUGGGUUGAUACGCCGAAUUCGUUUUUUGCGCCUGUGCUCGAGCCCGUGCAGGUUGCGCGCGAGAUUGUGGCCGCGGUUGAUGGCGGGCGGGGAGGCGUGCUGAGAUUGCCUGCUUAUGCGAAGCUGGCCAAUUGGUUUGUUGUCUUGCCCGCUGCUGUGCAGCGGAUUGCGAGGUUUGUGAGUGGGAUGGAUGACGCGGUGGCCAAGGGGGCAUCAUCUCAGGGACAGGCAGCUGCGGCCUCGGAACGAGCUCCAGGAGGCGCGGUAGAUAAGAAGAGAGCGUGA